CUUGACAGCAUGCGCUUAUAGAUGCUCAACCUUAACGGCUAAGGAGCAAGGGAGCGCAGAUAUAUCAUGGUUGACUCUACUCCUUCUUUAAGGGACGAGGCUGUCCUUCAACCAGUACUGUCUCUGAAGAGGAAGGCAUCUGGUGAUCUCAAGAAGGAUCUGUCAGACAAUGCUUCACUUAUGCCCGUAUACUUGCGCGUACGACCAACAGCAGAUGAAGACCGUUAUGUGAACGUUUUAAGUGAAACCGAGGUGGAGAUAACAGGUGGCAGCAGGGCAGAGAGAGGACGAUUGAAGGCACUGAAGGCAGAGCGCUACGCAUUUUCGCACGUCUUCAAAGAAACUGCCACUCAAAAGGAAGUCUACGACAGUGUCGUUGGACCUAUGGUAGACGAGAUAUUCUCACCUGGUGAAUCUUCGGCCUUGCUAAUGGCUUACGGUGCAUCAAGUAGUGGGAAGACUUUCACAACAAAGGGAACACCUGACCAGCCGGGGAUCCUUCUACGGACAAUUGAAACGAUAUUGAACCGAGUGAAGGGGGCGCCAACAAAAUUAGGGAUUAAACCAGUGCGGUGGAAUGAUAUUCAGACGACUACGGGGACCAUGCCCAGGAAGAUAUCGAUCGCUCCCAAUGAAGGAGUUAGAUACGAGUAUGCGAUUUAUCUUUCGUUUGCAGAGAUUUACAUAGAGCAGGUUUAUGAUUUGCAAAAUGCGACAGCAGAAGCUGUAAACGCAGAUUCAAAUGAUAGAAUCUUCCGCAAAGUCUCAGAAACUGCGUCCAAGCGUCCAAUAGCCCAAUUGAAGGAAGACGUGGAAGGCCGCAAGUAUAUCAAUGGUCAGGUAGAAGUUCGAAUAAAGGAUAUGGACCACGCUCGACAGGUCGUCGAAGACGUGAUGCGUAAUCGAAGUGUUCUGAGCACUCGAAUGAACGAAGCUAGUUCGCGGUCCCAUCUUUUGUCUGUCGUGAAAGUUUUGCGAAUUCCAGUUGCAGAUGGAACAUCCAAGAUUGCAGGGACAGAGAUUAGUCGGGUUGCUGUAGUGGACCUAGCCGGGGCUGAGCGAAUUGGGCAAUCGGGUGUUGAGGGGAAAGCGCAUCGAGAGACCAAGAACAUCAACAAGAGUUUGCAUACUUUGGCCAUGUGCAUCGAAGGUAUGCGCGAAAAUCAAAGCCGGACUGCUAAGAAGGUCGUGAUCCCCUGGCGAGAAAGCAAGUUGACAAUGCUCAUUCAGCCAUACUUUGAGCAUGGACAAGUUGGGUUCAUCGUGAAUGUAAAUCCAUCCAUGCAGCACUUCCGAGUCACCUCCGAAGUUUUCCGUUUUGCUCAAAGAGCCGGUGCUUUGCAUGCUGGGGUGAAUGGCAAGGCCGAAGCUAACGACGUUGAUCCGGAUCCGGCCAUGAGCAUUCUGAACGCCGAACUUUUACAGCAAGUGUCAUCACUUCGUCAGCAACUUCGCGAAACUGAAUGCCGACUAGUUGAGCAAGAAUUGGCGGUACGACAGGAUUGCGCCAGGGAGAUGAGUAAGCGAUUACAGGAAAUGGAGUUAAAACAUCGGGAGCGUCGAAAGCAGGCAGAACGGCAUGAGCAAGAGAAAUUGGACAGAAAGCUAGAUAUGGCAAAUGCAAUGCACAAGGACAAGAUUGAUAAGCUUCAGCGUCGCCUUGCUGAGCAAAGCAGGCUCAUUGAGGAACAAGAGCGACAGCUUCACGAUGUGGCAGUUGAGAACGGGGAGUCCGGAGUUCUGCAGAGACAGAUAUCAUACUUGAGCAAAGAACUGGAGCUUCGUACUUCUGCGUUGGAGGUUGAGCGAGAUACCGUCAUCAAAUUACGGCAGAGGAUCAGAGAAAUGGAGAUGAGCAACGGACUUGGGGAAAAACUUCCAUUGAGCGGUUCCUCUGAAGUUCUUGGAGAGAAGAUCCGCAAUCUUGAAGAUCAGUUGGCGCGAACCAUCGAGGAAGGUAUCGCAGCCAAAGAAGCUGCCAAAGUUGUUCAGGAAAUGUAUCAACAGAAGAUUGCCCAGCUGAGUGACCAACUAGUAAUCCAAGAGGGCAAAGCAAGAAAGCUUGAACUCGACUUUUGGGAACUUAAGAGGAUGGAAGAACGGCAUGACGCCAACAGUGUAAAUGAAACAACCGAGAUACUACCAUCCGAGGAGUCGAUGCAGGAUCUAGACGACCAGUCAAUAACAGUGGAAAAUACCACCAGUCACCCUCUUUCAGCGUCACAUGAAACAACUUCAAAGCGAAGGAUAUUGAGAUACUCUACAGAAUAUCUUGAAGCCAAGGCUGCUGAAGAACACGCUACGUCAGACGGCAGCGUUUCUAAAGGAUCAACUCCUGAAGUCAUGAUUUUGCCAGGACAUGGCUCAAAGAAUGCGAAAAAGCGACACAGCGCAGUUCCACCUAGGCGACGAAUAUCUCGUACAAAGGAAAAGCGAUUAUCAGAACCGGCUAUGGGGACUUUGCAUUCCACACGUGAGAAAAAACGGAAAGCCGCGCGAGACACGACUGACGGGACAUUCGAAGCGGAAGGGUUGGAAGCACAGGAACCGUCAUUCCCAGAGACAAUCGUUGAAGAUGUGACCUUGGGCGACGAAAAUCGGCACACAUAUGUGAAACAAUCGGUGGGCCGAAAAAAGAAGGUUGAUGGGCCACUAGUAAAGGAAUCCCAAUCUGGAAAUGAGGACAUGGAUGCCACCGUCGAAUCAGUUGCUGCUGAAGUGAACUCAAGUCCCACCUACGAAGCCCAAAUUGACCAGCCAAUAACAUCGUCCCCCUCCUCUGACCACAUUCUUAAGCCACAGAAUGUCGAAGAAAAUCAAGCCUCGAUGACCCGCGACCCAUCUGGCAUUGACGAUGACAAUAAAUCCAAACCUGAAGAACCCAUUAAAAAGAAGAGAAAAUUGAGAAGUAAAAAGAUUGUAGAUCUUCAAGAGAUUGAGGCACCUGUGGGGAGAUCUGGGAAGAGAUAUUCUACUAUAGUACAGAGACUGCCCAAGCGUGGAUAGUUUAGUUAGCUGUCGCCCUAGUAGUAUGGUUUAUCAUGGAUGGUAUUCAAGUAAUUGUUUUAAUUUGUACAGACAUGGAUAACAGAA